AUCCAUGGCGUUCUGAGUGUGCGGUAAUACUAGCCUACUGUCGCCAUUGUAAUGCAACACAUUGUCAAACAGUUGUAAAUUGACAUAAACUCAGUGUUUUCUUGUAUAAUAGUAGCCUUCCGUCGAAAUGGACUCACUUUUAUCUUGGCUCUUCUCCUCGGAAGAAGAAGAGAUUAACAUUUUGUACUACAUGGCUGGCUUAAUGGUUUUCAUGGCAGCUUGCACCUUCGUUACUUUGCUCUUUGAAAAUGUCCCAUACGGUCGAUAUGCAACUAGCAAGUACGGGUUUCCAGUUAAUGUAAGGUUUGCAUGGUUUGUUCAGGAGCUGCCUGCGUUUCUAGUGCCUUUGUGUCUGGUAUUUUGGACGUCCUCUGCGAAAACUUCACAACUGCCUAACCAGCUUCUGAUUGCCAUGUAUUUCUGCCACUAUGUCCAGAGAUCACUUAUUUAUCCCUUUUUGAUACGAGGAGGUAAACCAACACCAUUCGUCUCAUUUGCUCUGGCCCUUGUUUUCUGUCUCUAUAAUGGAUACAUGCAGGUCAGGUACCUGAGUCAUUAUGCAGAGUACCCUCCACAUUGGGUUACACAUCCAUGUUUCAUUGCAGGGUCCACGUUGUGGUUGGUUGGCUGGCUGAUGAAUAUGCACUCCGACCAUAUCCUGAGAAACCUGAGAAAGCCCGGAGAGACUGGUUACAAGAUUCCCACAGGAGGAAUGUUUGAAUAUGUGUCUGGAGGAAACUUCUUAGGAGAGAUAACGGAGUGGGCGGGCUUUGCUUUGGCCGGCCACUCCAUCCACAGCUUAGCUUUCGCCAUCUUUACCACAGUGGUCCUUGCCAGCAGGGCCGUGGCCCACCACAAAUGGUAUCUCACUAAGUUUGAAGACUACCCCAAGAGUAGGAAGGCACUCAUUCCCUUCCUAUUCUAACAACACGUUGGAUACUUGAAGCCUGAAAAGGUAUUGGUUCCCUCUGCAGGGUUUUUCUGUAAAAUGUUUUUUUUUUUUUUAUUGUCAUCACUUCGGUAAUGAUGGCCAUGGAUCAAAACCACCAACAACACAACCAACGUCAACAACACUAACAGAUUGUGAGAGUUUUGUUGCUUAAAAGGCAACAGAGGAAAUGAUGUCCCACAACAGUGAUACAGUGGAUUUAUAACACUGCUCUGCACCAGCAAUAAACAGUUUUAAGACCCUCCACUGAUCUGCAUAUUCUCCCAGAUGGAACAUGAACUUGGAAAUGCAAAGCAGACACUUAAAGUUUUCAGUCAUUCUCGCAUCAUGUUUUUUGCCAAAUGUGUGUCAUAGGAAAGACUUUCCUACCUACCUCAUCAUCUCAAGAAGGGAAGCCACUCCGGAAACAAGCAGGAACUGCAUCUCCGCUGUGUAAAGACUGACACUGUAGAAGGCAAUUCUGCAGCUACUCUGUAGCAGGGAAAUCAGAUGAAUAUCAAUCUUGGCCCUCAAUAACUCAACCAUGCCUGAAAUGAGAAGAGGAGAGCAUUGCCUCUGCACAUCACUUCUGUCAGGGCGUCAGAGAAAGAGAGAGAAGACGACGACCUGGUUAAGAAAGAAAAUGGAAAAGACACUAAAUGUAUGAGGCUGUGUGUGUGUGUGUGUGUGCAUAAAAGAAUACAGAAACAAGCGAUAAUACGGAUUGGUAAAAAUCUUAACAUCUCAUUAAUUAAAGUGAUCUUAUUUUUCAAGUCGAUCCCAAAACAGAUUUGGAUUGGAAAUGUGGUAUUACCUCACUACUUUUGCAACAUGUUUACAAAUAAACUAAAUCUGCAAGGAAAAAAAAAAA